GAGCAAAGAAAAAAAGAAAAUGGUGAACACAAAUAAAUGAGAGUGUAUAUAUGGUAAAAGUACCAAAAGAGUCUCAGGCGGUGGCGGCAUCAACAAAAGUAAACUCUGUCAUUUGGUGUUGUGGUGGUGUGUUCGUUUGUAUUCGUCUUCGUGUACAUGUGCUUUGCGUAUCUAUGUAUAUGUCUCAUUGUGUCGUGCUAUGGUUUUUUUCAAUAUUAUUUGCGUUGUUGUAUAUCGGUAUGAAGCGAUGUUUGUGUCAAACUCACAAUAAAAUUGCAUAUGGCGACUGCUACAGAUGUGAUUUAAGUUCGGCUCCGUAGUUUUUUUUCGUUUCUAACCCGUCUGUCGUUUUGUAUAUGUAACAGAAGCGAUUUUUUUUUUCAUUUGUUGGACACGAUAUCAACGUCGUUGAAUUUGCAAAACCAAAAGAAAUCGUGCAUAAAAAAAUGGCCACGAGAAGUGAAGAUGUGCUGCUACAAAUGGGAGCCGUGCGAUACAAAAAAGGUGAUGGGACAUUGUAUGUGAUGAAUGAGCGUAUUGCAUGGAUGGCCGAAAAUCGUGAUAAAGUCACCGUUUCGCAUCACUUUCAAGACAUUAAAAUGCAGAAAAUCUCACCAGAAGGGAAACCAAAGGUUCAACUGCAACUUGUGAUGAACGAUGGCAACAACACCACAUUUCAUUUUGUCAAUGCAAACGGUGCACGGGCACAAAUCGAAGACCGGGACAAGGUUAAAGACUUACUACAGCGAUUGUUGCCGAAUUUCAAGCGUAAAGUGGACAAAGAGCUCGAAGAAAAGAAUCGCGUGCUCACCGAAAAUCCACAUUUACUGCAAAUGUACAAGGAUUUGGUCAUCACACAGGUGCUGUCUAGCGAUGAAUUCUGGUCCACUCAUGCCAAACAGUAUACACAACAGCACAAUGAGAAACAAGAUAUCGGCGUGUCGGCGGCUUUUUUGGCCGACAUCAAACCACAAACGGACGGCUGCAAUGGGCUUAAGUACAAUUUGACGGCCGAUGUCAUUGAAUGCAUUUUCAAAACAUAUCCGGCUGUGAAGAAGAAGCACAUUGAAUAUGUACCGGCUAAAAUGAGCGAAUCGGAAUUUUGGACCAAAUUUUUCCAAUCACAUUAUUUUCAUCGUGAUCGUAUAAUGGGCGGUACCAAAGAUAUUUUCACCGAAUGCGGCAAAAUCGAUGACAAGGCUUUGCAGGAGGCUGUUACGAAAAGUGCCGGCGAUGUUUUGCUCGAUUUGAGACAAUUCAAAGACAAUUCAUUGGAAGAGGGUUUCGGCGGAGCAGUUAGUGAUAAAAACGGUGUCAACAGUGGCAACAUUGUGCAUCAAAACAUGGUCAAACGGUUCAAUCAACACUCAACGAUGGUUCUGAACACUUGCCAAAAGACAAACGAACAAAAUACGAAUGGUAACAGUCAGCCCAGUGAAUCGCAAAGUCAAGACAUGGUCGACGCAUCGGCCGAUAUUGAACCACAAAAGAAGCGAGCUCGAAUCAUGGAGAAAAUUCGAUUGGACGAUUUGGCAAUGGACGGAUCAGCAGAGGUAGUUAAUGGAACUGCAAGCAACGCAGCUUCAGCGUCUGAAUUGAGCUUAUUAAAAAUUGAACGGUAUUUACACGGCCCGGUUCCGGAUGCCUUCACUACAGACGGCAAUGAAAAUCUCAACAAUAUGGAAGUGACUCAAGCACAAAUCCACAAAUCAACCGAGGUAUGGGGCAGCCGAACACCACAAAAACUGUUGAUAAAUCCAAAGGCAGCAGUUAAUGCCCUCGGUGAAUUGACUCCAGGUGGUGCAUUGAUGCGCGGUUUUCAGGAACAAUCGCUAUCUCAAUUGGUACCACCCAGUAUUGAAAAGGAACUUCGCAAUUUGUACUUGGCAUUGAGCGAGCUAUUGCGUCAUUUUUGGCGCUCUUUCCCACCGACAACACCCGACUUAGAAGCCAAAGUCGGUCGAAUGCAUGAAGCACUUCAGCGAUUCGCCAUGGUCAAAUUAGUACCAUUCGAAGAGAGUGUGAUGCGUGAAGCGUCGCCCAUCGGUUUAUCAAUUACACAACACUUGAAUCAAUUGCUUCGGACCGCAUCACAGAAGUUCAAUACGUGGCAGGAACGCAAAAAUCGACUUAAUAAAUAGAAGAAAAACAAAACAAAUGAUUAUGUAGCAUCGUCAUAUCACUCAUAAAACCAAAUGAAUUAAUUUGUUAUUUAGAUAGUCCUUUCAAAUAUGAAGAAUUAAAAUAAAAUGACCGCUUUGAAAUACAUGUUUUGUCAACAGUUAGAAACGGAAGACAAAUUCUCAAAUAAAAAUCAAUCGUUUAAUUUUCAAAAGAAAAUAAAA